AAGAAAGAAACUUUAACUGCAGUUGAAGUUAUUCAUCUCUUUGUAAAUUAAAAAAUAAAUUAAUUAGAAAAAAAAAUAAAAAUCUGUGUUUGCCUUUGCUGUUGUUCAAUCUUUGCCCUAAUUGAAUUUGCUGGUUGGAUGUGAUCUCAAUCUUUCGAGUUCCAUUUGUUCAUGGCAUCUAGUUAGGAAAAGGUUCUUUGGACAUGAAAUUCUAAACUUGCAUUGAUUUGACGAUAAUGGCAGUCGAAGAAGGCUAGAAGCUUACGGUAUUAAGUGAUGGGAAAAGCCUAAAAAUGGUGUCGCAAAUUUCAUUGAAUUGUGAGCUAUACGCUCGGCCGGAGAAUUUUGGGACUAAAGAUGGGGAGUGUGGUGUAUCCUCUUCUUCAAAAGAACAAACUACUCCACAGAUCACUGUGAAAAAGCAACCACGACAAUGGGCUGCUUGGACUCGCCAAGAGGAAGAAAGUUUCUUCGCCGCUCUGCGGCAAGUUGGCAAGAAUUUUGAGAAAAUCACUUGUCGUGUCCAAAGUAAAAACAAAGAUCAGGUGAGGCAUUAUUACUAUCGUCUUGUCAGACGAAUGAACAAGUUGUUGGGGCCAGACCUUUGUCUUGAUGCCAAAAACUCAAAAGACACUAAUGCUGCUAUGCUUCGAUGGUGGUCACUAUUGGAAAAGUACAGCUGUAAAGCCUCCAAGCUUCAUUUGAAACCUCGUAGAUUUAAGAUAUUUGUAGAGGCUCUGGAAAGCCAACUUUUAAAAGACCGCAAAAAGAACACUAAAAAGCGACUAUCCUCGGGCGAAAACAAUGCGUCUAUGAUGGACAUGUCUACCACAAAUCAGAUUAGAACAUCGGGCCCUGACGGCCGCACGGAGAAAAUGGUUCUUGUUGACAGACAGAACAUUGAAAAAGGUGGAAAUGGAAAGGGAGCUUUAUUCAAGCGCCAUGUAAAUGUGGGAACCAACUGUAAGGUCGAUCCUGUUUCUGUCAAAACUGCGAAACCUCGGCGUAGAACAGGCCUCGGUUCAGCAGCUGCGUACAAAAGAUGGGAGAAAGCUGCAAUUGCUGGGGUUUCAUUGGUCGCUGAUGCUGCUGAGCAUUUGGAACGAGCAAACACCAACAAAGAGAACGUUCAAGAAACAGUCGGUCACAACGAUACUCAACCUACUGGAGAAGCGACUCACUCUUUCCAAAUAUCUCCACAAACAAUGUUGGACGAGAGUUCUAAGUUGACAAAGCUUAAACUCCAGCUAUUUCCAUUGGAUGACUGGACUCGAAAAGCCUUAGAAAUGGCUGAUCAUAAUCCUCAUCUUGAACUGACUUUGAGCACACGAAAGAAAAUCUCCUCUGUUUUGGAGCAUCUCAACCGAAAAUGGGGAAACUCUAGCUCGUUAUUGGGCGAGUUAAUACUUUUUCCUUAUUGGUCACAGAGGGAAAAUCUGUUGGGCUGUCAGAAAUGGACCAAGGAUUCCACUCUUUGCGCGGCAGACGUAUAUUACCUAAUUGGAAGUCCUCCGACUUUCCGCCUCAGAUACGGCUGGUUUGCAAACUCGGAAAUUGAAUCUGCAACUGCUCAAGCACUUGCUUGCACCGACAACGAGCACAAUUUGAACCCUAGCAUGAUAACAGAGCAGAAUAUGGAAAUUGGGAAUCAAAAUGGUCGACAGAUUAGUCAAUUUUUAACUGUGGAACCAGUUAUCACUAUGGCUCCACCAUCAACUUCUACUCUGGUUACGACACUUCAGAGUGGCGGCGAUGCUUUAAACACCAAUUCUUCGACAUCACAUGGUGGCGUUGGGCUUGUAUCAUCACUUGGGGAUGAGAUUAGCAAUUCAGAAAUCUCGAGACAAAUUGAACACAUGGUGCCGUCUGAAUCUGCCGGGGAGUGGGCUGAUAGUCUUACUAACAUUAGCGUCGGAGAUCUGCUUUCCGAGUCGACUCCCGACACAGAUGAAAACUGCAGCGAGAUUCCCGUGCCUCUCGGUUCAAAGUGUCUCGAACAGAUUCCGUUUAGCUGCGAUUCAUUCGAUGCUGCGAUCGCAGCCCACAUUUACAAACAUCAAAACAAAGUCGACUUGCAGCAGGACCACCUCGAACCUCACCUCCCAUCCAUCUGGGACGCCGAAGAAACAUGCGACGCUUUUGCUUUCCAGAGAACACAAAGACAAAAAGACGCAACCACGAGCCACGCCAUUCAAGACUCCAAACUCAAGGGGAUAAUCGAAGACAAUAAAUUGAUGAAUAUCGGUUCCGACCCCGGAAAUUUAGUGGAUGAAGGCGUACCUGACCUUCCUUCGGAUGAUCCCAACAAGGAUCUUGGUGGCCUUUCCGAUAUGUAUUGGCCUGAUUCGUUAGGACCAUUAGAUUUGGAAAUACCGUCAUGUAGAUACCCCAGCAGCAACGAGUUGAUCCUUAGCGAUAGCCUCGGUGGUUUGAGCCGGCUUGUGUCGAACAGCCUCGACGCUUUUCAGAACUGCUCGUUGUUCGGGUUGGACAAGAAAGAUCAUGUACAGACAGGUGAGUCCAACUCCCGCUCGAUUUCGUUCUUCUCAGAUCUUACACCGGAAAAUAAGUUCAGAAUUUCUUGAGAAAAAACUUAGGAAAAAUGAAAAUGGAGAAUGUGAUGAAUAGAUGGGAGUAGAUUUAAAGGUCAUGUAAAAUUUGAGGAAUCUGUGGCAUGGAUCGAUGGAUUAUACUUGCUGCAGUUACUAUAUAUAUGUAUGUAUACAUACUAUUUAUAUAUAUAUAUAUAUGUGUGUGUGUUUGUGGUGUUGGUUUUCUUCUUA